CAAUUGCAUACUUCUUUCUGAUCUUCAUCGAAGUUCUUUCUAGAGCUUAUUUGCAUCGAAGAUGGCAAAGAAGCAAGAUAUAGGGAAAGGAGCUGCAGCUGCAGUUGCAAAGAGAAAGAGAGAUGCUCCUGCUGCAGUGGUUGAAGCUUCAAAAACAAACGGCCUCAAAGGCACGAAUGGUCAAAAAUCAGAGGAUGUCUUGGGUGGCUUGGAUGAUGCUGAAUUGGAGCUAGAACAAGAAGAUGAUUCUGAAGGAGAAGAAGAUGAAGAGGGAGAUGAAGCCGAACUAGAUCCAUUUCCAGAAAUCGAUGUCGGCUCUAGCGAGGAGGAGGACCAGGAAGAAGAUGACGAAGAGGAAGACGAUCUCGAAGAAGGAGACGAAGAAGAGGAAGAUGACGAAGAAGGAUACAAUAGCUCUGAUAUAGAUAACUGGGAUGAAAGCGACGAAGAUGCAAGGGCGGAAGAAUUGGCCAACAAGGAGACAGACGAUUCCGAAAUCGAGGAAGAAUUGAGCAAGAUGAUCCAAAGAGCUUCAAAGAAACCUCAAGAAGAGAAGCCACAGCUGAACAAGCUUGGUCUUUCAGAAGAACAAGCUGCUCCUUCCAUUUUUGCUAAAGGAAGAAACCCUGACGGCAGCGCUUUCGGUGAAUGGAAAACAAGUGAAAUCACUGGAAAGCCAAAGCGAGUAUAUCCCGCUAUUGAUGCCGAAUACGACAGUGAUAGCAGUACUGAAGAUGCACCAAAUAGAAUCGGAAACGUUCCAGCUCACUGGUAUGACGAGUUUCCCCACAUCGGUUACGACGUAGAAGGCAGAAAGGUUAUGCGCCCGGCUACUGCUGAUGAACUUGAUAAGUUCUUGGCGACUGUAGAGGAUCCGGAUUCUUGGAUGACUGCUAAAGACAAAUUAACCGGAAAGGAUGUCAAAUUGACAGAUGAAGAAUUGGACAUCAUCAGAAGACUUCAAAAUGCAGAAAUUCCAGACGGGAGCUACGAUCCUUAUGAGCCAUCAGUGGACUGGUAUACGGGCAAAGACAAAGUGAUGGAGAUGCCUCUUUCAUCCAGACCGGAGCCAAAGAGCAGAUUCGUACCAAGUAAAUGGGAACACAAGAAAGUGAUGAAAAUCGUGCGUGCUAUUCGACAGGGACGUAUCACAGCCAGAGCGCCAAGUACCGACAAGCCGAAAUACUACAACAUUUGGACAGAUGCAGAUCAACCGGCCGGUGAUCAUCCCAUGCAUAUGCCAGCGCCUAAAUUGGCACUUCCCACCCAUGCAGAAUCUUACAAUCCUCCAGCAGAGUAUCUCUUUGAUGAUCAAGAACGUAAAGAUUGGGAAGCGGCAGACCCAACAGAUCGAAAAGUUUCAUUUAUGCCGUCCAAAUACGAUGCUUUACGAAAAGUUCCUGGAUAUCAAAACUUCGUCAAAGAACGAUUCGAAAGAUGUUUGGAUCUUUACUUGGCACCUCGUAUGCGUCGUGCUCGUUUGGAUAUCGAUGAUGCUCAAGAUCUACUACCAAAAUUGCCUUCCCCACGUGAAUUAAGACCGUUCCCGACAAUGACAUCUGUCAGCUAUGUUCAUCCAAACAAUGUACGUGUUCGAGCUGUUGCAGUCGACCCUCGUGGUCAAUGGCUUGUUACUGGUGCUGAUGACGGCAGAGUCCGUCUAUGGGAUCUGGCAAUCGCACGUUGCACAGCUGUCUGGGAUUUGCACGCCCGAUCGCCACAAAGUGAACGUAGCGCAGUCUAUAGCGUUCAAUGGAACCCAAACAAAUCGAUGUCCAUGUUUGCAGCCUGCACAGAUGGAAAGGUAGUAGUCAUCGUUCCCCCACAGAGCAAUGGCGCAGCUGCUUCAAGUCGUGGUAUCAAUUGGACUUCUCCUUCGAUGGCAUUCGCAACUCAAGGAUAUCAGCCAGCUAAUACUGCAAAUGCAGACGGAAAGCAACCUGCAGCACAAUGGGCAAGACCUUCGGAUGCUGAAAGGAAAGAUGGUAUUGCUGCAAUGGUCACAUUGAAGGGAUCGCCAAAACAAGUUGUUUGGCAUGCAAGAGGAGACUACUUUGCUACAACGGGACAAGGUGCCGGUAAUGCAGUCCUUAUCCAUCAGCUAUCCAAACAAAGAAGUCAAGCACCAUUUGCAAGAGCCUCAAAAGGAUCUGCCGUUCAAGCUGUACUCUUCCAUCCCCAACAGCCACACUUCUUUGUUGCAACUCAACGUACUAUCCGAAUGUACAAUUUGGCAACACAAACACUACUUAAAACUUUCCAAACUGGAUUACGCUGGAUCAGUAGUAUGCGCUUACAUGGUCAAUCUGGAACGCAUCUUAUUGUUGGAUCGUACGAUAAGCGUGUUGCUUGGUUCGACUUGGAAUUGGCUACGAGACCUUAUAAGAUCUUACGUUAUCAUCAACGUGCAGUUCGAGCUGUUGGCUUCCAUGAUCGUUAUCCGUUAUUGAUGAGCGCAAGUGAUGAUGGAAAUGUGCAUGUCUUACAUGCAACAGUAUACAACGAUAUGAUCAGUAACCCUUUGAUUGUUCCAUUGAAAGUAUUGCGUGGACAUACGAUUCAAGAUGGAUUGGGAAUAUUGGACGCUGUGUGGCAUCCGAUCAUGCCUUGGCUCAUCACCGCUGGAGCCGAUGGUGAAGCAAGAUUGUGGACUCCUUGAUUUUUUCUCUAUGCAAACCUGUACAGUACUCUAUUACAUGCUGUGUAUAUAACGAAAAGUAUACGCCUCUCUAUGAUUCGAAGCCCCGUUGUGAG